CGCCGGCACGCCGGCGGCCGCCGGCCCCGCUCCGCCGCUCGCCGAGCCCACCGGAGCCGCCACGGGACCAUGGAGGUGGUGGAGGCCAGCACCCUUCAGCAGGAGAGGCUGCAGGCCAUCGCGGAGAAGCGGAAGCGUCAGACGGAGAUCGAGAACAAAAGGCGGCAGCUGGAGGAUGACCGGAGGCAGCUGCAGCAUCUCAAGUCCAAGGCUCUGCGGGAGAGAUGGCUCCUGGAGGGAGCCCCGGCUUCUGCCUCCGAGGAGGAAGAGGCCAUGAAGAAACAGAUGCAGGAGGACGAGGUGAAGACCAAGGAGCUGGAGGAGACCAUCCAGAGGCUGGAGAAGGAGCUGGAGAUGCUGGAGAACAGCAGCUCAGUGGCCUCCACCAAGGAGAACCUGGCAGAGGCAGCAGCCAAGGAGGAGAAGAAGGCUGAGGCUGUCCCCAACACGCAGAAGAGUCCCCUGGGCACAGUUAAGGUGGUGCACGCGGUGAGCGCCGAGGACGGGGCCCUGCAGAACGGGGCUCACCCCCUGAGCUCCUCCGAGGUGGACGAGCUCCUGCACAAGGCGGACGAGGCCGAAGGGCGCCAGACCCCGGCCAAUGGCGGCGCGGGCAGCCAGAAGGCGACGCCACGACGGGAGAUCACGGGGCUGCAGGCCAAGGUGGCACCGGGCGAGGGGACAGACGGCGGCCAGGAGCAGCAGCAGCCCGUCACCAUGAUCUUCAUGGGCUACCAGAACGUGGAGGAUGAGAACGAGACCAAGAAGGUGCUGGGGCUGGAGGGCACCAUCAAGGCCGAGCUGGUGGUGAUCGAGGAUGCCGAGGGCAAGGCGGAGCCGGCUCUCAAGGACCACACGCCGCCCAACGGCACCGCCCUGGAGCCGGCGCAGCCCCAGGGCGAGGAGGGCUCGGCGGGGCACGGUGCCAACGCCACGGAUGCCAAGGAGGCCGAGCAGGAGACAGACGUGAAGAAGCAGCGCUGCAAGUGCUGCACGUGCCCCCCUCGCCCCACGGUGCGCCCGCCCCGUGCCCAGCACAGCCCCGCUGCCACCGACACCGCCCCGGAGCCGCCGGGGAUGGAGCCGCCGGGCAGGGGAUCGGAGGACGUCGCUGUGUCCGUGGAUGAGUCCCCGGGAGCUGCCAGCCCGCGGUGGGCAUGGGAGCCAGGUUGGCACAGCAGUGACAGCUCCCAGGAGAUGGACAGGGUCACCAGGCACCUUGUGUUCCAGCAGCCACAGACCUCGCACAGGCACGACUCCCUGGCAGAGCUGAGGGCCAGCAGUGAUGAUGAUGUGUUCAGCUCUGCCCAGCAUAGCAGCCAGAGGCUGGAAAAUGGCUACAGCUGGAAGAGGAGGUCCCAGUCACCCUCGUAUUUCCUGAAGGGUGGAAGAGAUGUCUGGAUCCCGUCCCCGGACAGGGAGUCCAAGCUGGAGGUGGUGAGAUCGGGAAGCCUGUACGACCUCCGGGCUUACAAGGGUGAGAGGAAACCCUCCAAGCUCUAUGAUGACGAGGAGCAAGACCUGUACAGGGUCCCUCCACCCAACAUCUCCCCUGAGAAAGCCAGGGAGCUGGAAGAUGAGAGGAAGGAGGUGAUCCGCAGCCAGGCCAUGAGGAAAAGCUCCACCAUAGCGGAGAGGUGGAGCUCCAUGGAUGAGCUGGGCUCCAUCAGCAGCCCAGGUGAAGGCAGGCACACAGGCAGUGUCCCCACCAGCUUUGCCAUCUGGUUUGACAAGCCUUCCCCAGGCAGGGCUGCAACGCCCGUUGACCCUGAGAAUAUUGACACGGAGCAGAUCAACUUCUCUGCGGCUCGGCAGCAGUUCCUGAUGCUGGAGAAGACCAACCCCAGCUCGUUUUUCAGCCCAGGGCAGCAGGCCAUGUCCCCAAGGCCAGAGUCAGUGACAAAAGUCUCCAGAGAAGAGUGGUACAGCCCUGAGAUGGCCACAAAGGGUACGAGAGGCUACAGCAGUGCUGGUGCAUCAAGCCAGAGCGGGACAGACAAGAGCCUUUACCAGGUUUAUGGUGUGUCCUCAUACAAGACACCUGAGAAGGAGGAGGUUUAUACUCCCAGAAAAUCUCACACAGAAAGGUCACAUCCCGUUGGGAAGGUGUCCAUCCUGACCAAAUCAGGGUCCAGAGAAGACCUGGACUCUGGCUUGGGUGAGAUGUACACUGAAACCACUGCAGGCUACGCCAGCGAUGGAAGCACCACCAACGAGACCCUCAACGUGGAUGUGAGGGCCAGCAGCAACGGGACGAGGGUCAGCAACGAGACACCCAUCGAGAGGGAGAUCCGCAUGGCCUUGGAAAGGGAGGAGAACCUCUGGAAGGAAAGGGGGAUCCAGCGGCUGACCUCCAGCAGCGAGCUGGUGGAGAUCCAGACCAAGCCUGUCCUCAACAUUCACGCGUCUCCCGGCCCGGGCAGGAAAGGGAAGGACAGAGGCCGCGCUUCCCUUUACGUGCAGAGGGAAAUCGAGCAGGAAACGAAGCGUGAGGAAGAUCUGAAGAGGCAGGGGAGGCUGCUGGGGGCCUAUGACAGGGGCACGCAGCAGGAGCUGGAGGAGCGCAGGAAGGUGUUCGAGCAGGAGGAAGCCCCCCAAGAGAAGCCCACUCCCCUGAAGCGGGCAGAGGAGAGGAGGAGCUGGCUUAAAGAGUUUGUGGUGGAGCAGCCCAGCCCCACAGAGGACAGCAAGGCUGGAAGAAGCAUCCCCAGCUACACAGCCAGCAUCGCCCACUUCCAGCUGUCCCAGCCGCGCUUCGCCGCCAGCGAGAGGAGCCGGGAGCUGCCCUCGGUGUCCCCGCACGCUUCCGCCAGCACCAGCAAAUGGGGGAGCGAGGAUUCCCGGGGAGGAAAACUUCCCAGCUCCACCCAGAGCCCCAGCAGCGCUGCUGUCCUGCCCAGGGAGUAUUUGAACCUCUCCUUCUGGAAGCCCAAGGUGUCCUUCGUGGAGGACAUGGGCACGCAGAGGAGGGAGGACGGCCGCGAGGAGCAGUACCGGCUGCGCACGGGGAAGCCGCAAACAUCAGCGCUGAUCGAGGAGGAGAUCAGGAGUGACCUGCAGAGGGAAGAGGAGCUGCAGGAGCAGCGCAGGAGGCUGAUGGACACCUACAGCAGUGCUGCUCCUCAGGAGGGCUCCCGCUCUCGGCACAGCUCUGCUGCCUCAGGUGCCAGUGGCAACUACUCCGUGUCCGAGUCUCCUGCCUCCUCUCCUGCCUCCCACCAGCCGGGCAUCCUGGGGCUGAUCUCGUCCUUCACCCCGCUGAGGGUGACCAGUUCCUCCCAGGGCAGUGCAGAGACCCUCACCCCUGACUCAGCACAUUCCAGCCCCUUCGAGGAGCGGAGGAGGAGGGUGAAGGAGGAUGGAAAGUACGCAGGCAUCGAACCGGUGGACAAGGUCAACACAGAGGUGGUGGAAAGCACCCGAGUGUUCCGCCACAAGAGCGCCAUGGCCCAGCGCUGGGAGGCGGGGCAGUACGUGCGGGAUGAGGACUGAGGGACCCCGCCAUGGGGGCUGGUCCUGCUCACAACCGCCUGGUGCAUGACCUAAAUACUCCAUCAGUUCCACCCACCGCAACAAUCGGAGACGUGAACCCUGCUAAUCAAUCUGGCUUAUUGUUAAACUGAUAAUCCUUCCAUGCAAUAGAUCAGCUCCUUCCUCCUCCUCCUCCCUGCGGGGUGGAGGAACACUUUUUUUUUACUUUUUUUUUUUUCUUAAGAGGGAAAAAAUUGGAUCAGUAUCUUUUUAAUCACUUCCGCCUGGAGCCAGCCAGGUGAAAUCACCCGAUAAUUCACUUUGCCCCUCGGGAGCUGUCUCAGGCUUACAAAAAAGCUGUUUUAUUUCUCAGUGGUUUUAGGUUUUUAAGUACCACAAGGCUGAGCAUUGCCUUGGGGGUACCUGAACUGAGACUUCUGGAUCGGUGUUGCCGUGGGACUUGGGAAUCAACAUUGGUUUAACUCCUGUGAUCCAUGGAGAUGCAGCAAUGGAAUAUAAA